AUCACCAUUGUUUUGUGAUGAAAAAUCUAAAGGUAGAGCUACCACCAUUGAAGCAGACCCAGAAGGUCAGAUUAGAGAGAGCAAUGGAGCUGAUAAAAUCUCUGUCGUCGACGACAAACAACUCUGUCAUCGUUGCCGACUCUAUCUCCGUCAACCACAAAGAAGCCUUCCUUAAGGGACACGGAACUUCCUUGAUCGACGGUGACUUGCUGACGACGGUCUGUGGAGUUGUGAUUAACGUGGACAAACUCGUCUAUGUACGCACCUUGCGAGCUAGGUACAAGCCUGAGGUUGGGGAUAUUGUGGUAGGCCGUGUCAUUAAGGUUGCUCAAAGCCAUUGGAAAGUGGAGCUCAACUCUACUCAAGAUGGAGUACUGAAGCUUUCUUCCAUCAAUAUGCCUGAUUCUGUUCAGGUCCAAGUAGGCGAAACUCAACGCGAUGGCAGCCUGCAGCUACUACUAGCUCGAAGUCACAAGUAUGGCAAGCUAGACAAGGGACAACUUCUCAAGGUUGAUCCUUACUUGGUUAAGAGAAGCAACCUUCACUUUCAUUUCAUAGAAACUCUUGUGAUCGAUUUGAUUCUCGGCCGUAAUGGCUUCAUUUGGGUCGGGGAACACGCCCAAGCCCAUGAUCCUAUGGUUGUCGAUGAUGAGAACAUCUCAUCAAAGACUCGGCAAAACAUUCUUAGAAUCGGGAAUGCGAUACGGGUCUUGUCUAACCUUGGCUUCACCGUGACUCUAGAAGUGAUCAUGGAAACUUUUAACUUAAGCAACAUGGAGAAUAUCGACAUACAUGACAUGGUUGGAUCAGAGUUCCACGUUCUUGUCACAGAGAACCAAGCUGAAAGAAGAAGAAGAUGUGCAUAGACUUGUAAUGUGAUGUGUUUUUCUCUUUCUUGCUGAUUCUACAUAGACUUGUAAUGUGUCUUAUCAUGUGGGCUUGUUUCGACUCAAUUUCUAGAAAGCUCGAAUUGCAAAAUCUGAUUAUGGAUAUGUUUGGUAUCAGGAGAAGUUGUGAAAUUGGGUUGAAUUUCUCUUUCAUUUAUCAAAUUUUAUGUAUUGAUUUUUACAAAUCCAGAAACAAAAGAGGAAUGAUUCA